UACUAUCAACAUUGAGUUCUUUUUUUUUUACUACCACUUCUUGAUUUCCUCGUCCCUGUAUUAAAAACUGCGGUUAUAAUCUUUAUCAGUACUGUGUUUGCACACCAUACCAAAACAUGGUAACUCUACAGACGAGAUCCAGAUUCAGGACAACGGCAUUGGCCGCUUUAACCUUUGCAUCUCUUCUUGUCAUUAUCAUCUCAUUCUCAGUCCUGUCCAGGAAUCCCCAAAUCAUCCCAUCCUCAGGAUCAUUCCCAAAUCCCCACAAUUACCAUCACACAAUCAAACCUCACCAGAAGAUAUCAUCAUUGUCCCGUAUAAACUCUCCACACUUAAUCUCCAAGCUGCGAGCCUACGAGCGCCAUCACAAACGCUGCCAACCGCAUUCUCAAUCCUUCAACCAAACCAUCCACCAACUCCUCACAAACAAGAACAACUCAAACUCCAAUCCGGCCGCCGCCGCCGCCUGCAACUACAUUGUGUACACCCCGGUAAAUGGAUUAGGAAACAGAAUGCUCAGCUUAGCCUCUGCAUUUCUCUAUGCUCUCCUCACCAACCGCACACUCCUAGUCAAUUUCGGCCCCGACAUGACGGAUCUCUUCCGCGAGCCGUUUCCCAACUCCACCUGGCUGUUACCCAAACAAGACUCCACAAGAGUAUUCGAUGACGCCACUACUCUGCACUUCAGAGACGCCCACAACUACAUUCACUACUUGCUCUAUCUUCCAUACCGGUGCCGAAACUACGAAAAGUUCUUCUUUAGAGAUGAGAAUCAGAAACGUAUCGAAUCGGUUCCCUGGCUGAUCUUGCAUUCGGAUCAGUACUUCCUCCCCUAUCUCUUCCUGAUGCCCUGUUUCAGACCAGAACUGGACAGACUAUUCCCCAACAGGGAGACCGUUUUUCAUCAAUUGGGGAGAUACCUCUUCAGCCCAUCACACCAAGCUUGGGGUUUCAUCUCCACAUUCUACGAAACGUUUCUAUCCAAAGCCGAUGAGAGAAUCGGGAUUCAGAUUAGGGUGUUCAAUGAUUCAAGAGGGAAGUCAACACCUUUGGUGAUGAAGCAUGUUUUAUCGUGCAUCCGGAAACAGGGGAUCUUGAAUCGGACCGGAAACAGGGCAGUUUUGGUUGCUUCGUUAUCGGGUGAUUUUUACAAAGAGCUAAAGGUUAAUGCGGCAGGGGUCGGGGUUUAUCAGGCGAGUCAGGAAGAGAGUCAGAGGCUUGGGGAUGCAUCACACAAUAUGAAGGCGUGGGUUGAUAUGUAUCUGCUGAGCAUGUGCGAUGUAUUGUUGACGAGCGCUUGGUCGACUUUUGGGUAUGUAGCUCAUGGGCUUGGCGGGGUGAAACCGUGGAUUUUGCAGAUUCCGGAUAUUGGCGGCGCCGGCGACGGCGGAGAAGCAGAGUGUCGGAGAGCAGUUUCGGCGGAGCCGUGUUUCCAUAAUCCUCCUGAUUUCGAUUGUCCCGAAGGUUUUGUUUCGCCUGUGGUGCGUUGCGAAGAUGUGGGUAAGGGAAUGAAGCUUGUAAAUCAGCACUAGUUAGUAAAUACUCCGUUUAUGU